UAUCACGCCACCCAACUUGGAAACUCAUUUUUUGGCUUCUGAUGAUAGUGUCUUAAAUAACACCAUUGAUAACCAAAACCAGUCCGAAACAAUGGAAGAAGCACAAGCUGCCGACAUUGAUUUGGAGACCAAUACAAACCACCCAGAUCAAGAUCAAGUAGUCCGACCUCCUCGACCACAACGUGAGAGACGUGUCCCCCAAAGGCUUGAUGAUUAUGUUUGCACCAUGCCCCAGUCUGUUAUGCCUAUGCAAGCUCCAUCUCAAUCAACUAACUCAGGUGAUCCCUAUGCUUUAUCUAAUUGUGUCUCUUACAAUUCUUUUUCAUCCACUCAUCUUAGUUAUCUAGCAGCCAUCUCUUCCGUAGAUGAGCCUAAAUCCUUUUCUCAGGCCAUUAAAAAUGAAAACUGGCGAAAAGCAAUGAGGCAAGAGAUCAAAUUCAAGCCAGAUGGAACUGUUGAACGGUACAAGGCUCGCUUAGUAGCGAAGGGAUUCACUCAAAUUGAAGGGCUUGAUUUUAAUGAAACCUUUGCUCCUGUUGCUAAAAUGGUCACUGUGAGGACAUUACUAGCUCUUGCUUCAAUUAAGCGCUGGGAACUGCAUCAAUUAGAUGUCAAUAAUGCUUUCUUGCAAGGUGACUUACAUGAAGAGGUAUACAUGAAAAUACCACAAGGUUUUACUUGCAACCAGAGCAACAAAGUUUGUAGGUUGCGGAAAUCACUUUACGGACUACGACAAGCAUCUAGGAAUUGGUUUGAAAAGUUCACAACCUCUCUUGAAGCAGUUGGGUUUAAGCAAUCAAAGGCAGAUUAUUCCUUAUUCACAUUGGCCAUUGCUGAUAGUUUUGUUGCAGUAUUAAUUUAUGUUGAUGAUAUUGUCAUCACUGGCAAUGAUGGAGCCAGAAUUGCGACCUUAAAACACUAUCUUCAUUCUGCAUUUUCUAUAAAGGAUUUGGGUCCCUUAAAAUAUUUUCUUGGAAUUGAGGUAGCUAGAACAACAGAAGGGAUAGUUCUGAGCCAGCGAAAGUAUGCUCUCGACAUACUCACGGAAUCAGGCAUGCUUGGGGCAAAGCCUAGUUCCUUUCCCAUGGAACAACAUCAUCGUCUCGGGCUUGCAUCUGGUUCACCUAUACCAGAUCCUUCACAAUACAGGAGGCUAGAACACUUUGAUGCAGCAAUGAAAGUGUUACGUUAUGUUAAGAACUCACCGGGACAAGGGAUGUUACUCUCCUCUUCCAGUCAUCCACAUCUUGUUGCUUAUUGUGAUGCAAACUGGGCUGGUUGCCCACGAACACGGCGCUCAACAACAGCUGAGUAUAGGGCCAUGGCAUCAACUGUCAGUGAGCUCACUUGGUUAAAGUCCUUGCUUUAUGAUCUUGGGAUAUAUCACUCGAAGCCAAUGACAUUGUUUUGUGAUAACCAAGCUGCCUUACACAUUGCCAAUAAUCUUGUGUUUCAUGCGCGCACAAAACAUAUUGAGAUAGAUUGCCAUUUUGUUCGUGAACGCAUUCAAAGGAAGGAGUUGCUCACGGCUCAUGUGCCUUCUCAUUGUCAACUAGCAGAUUUGUUUACAAAGGCAUUAGGCAAGGAACGACUUCAUUUCCUAUUAUACAAGUUGGGCAUUAGAGACCUUCAUGCUCCAACUUGAGGGGGAGUAUAGCCGGAUAUCAAGGAGAUGAAUAAGGAAAUCAAUCAAUCAACAUUAAUCUCUGAUAUUUUGCUGGUCAUACCAAUAAAUGCAUCCAUACCAGUAAAUGCAUUCCCUGUAU